AUGGAGCUGUACGAGACGCCCCCCUACUUCUACCAGGAGCCCCACUUCUGCGACGGGGACAGCUACCUGCCCGUCCACCUGCAGGGCUUCGAGCCCCCAGGCUACGAGCGGGCCGAGCUUGGCCUGGGUCCCGAGGCCCGUGGGCCCCUUGAAGACCAGGGUCUGGGGCCACCCGAGCCCUGCCCGGGCCAGUGCCUGCCGUGGGCGUGCAAGGCGUGCAAGAGGAAGUCGGUGUCGGUGGACCGGCGGCGGGCGGCCACACUGCGGGAGAAGCGCCGGCUGAAGAAGGUGAACGAGGCCUUCGAGGCCCUGAAGCGGAGCGCGCUGCCCAACCCCAGCCAGCGGCUGCCCAAGGUCGAGAUCCUGCGCAGUGCCAUCCAGUACAUCGAGCGCCUGCAGGCUCUGCUGCGCGCCCUCAACCAGGAGGAGCGCGGCCUCCGCUGCCGGGGCGCCAGCGGCCAGCCCGCGGCGGUGAGUGGCCCCGGCCCCCGGGGCCCAGCAGGCUGUGUGUCCAGCGCCUCCUGCAGCCCAGAGUGGAGCAGUGCACUGGACUUUGGCCCCAGCCCUGGGGACCAUCUGCUCACAGCCGACCCCACAGACACCCACAACCUGCACUCGCUCAGCUCCAUCGUGGACGGCAUGACCGUGGAGGACGUCUCUGCGGCUUUCCCAGACGAAUCCAUGCCCAACUGA